GGUGAGGGGGGGACCAUUAUGGUGACGCUCCAGAAAAAUGGAGGCUCUUCGGGGAACAGCAGGGAAGGGGUUGUUUGAUUUAAGAGUGUCGUCUCAGAUCGGGUCGAAGGCCUUGUUUCAAACCGCCGGGGAUAAAUGUUUAGCUUGCUCUUUGUGAAACAAUAAAUUUGUGGAGAAAAUGGGAAAAAAGAAAAAAAAAAAAUCUGUUCUUAUCAGUUUAAUAUCUGAUACGUCCCUUAUCUAGGGACCAUAUAUUAAAUUGAUUUUUGGAACAGGGAGAUGGAAUAGGGGCUUGCUCCGUCCACUCCACGCAUCGACCCAGUAUUGCAGUGCCUCUGGGAACGGUGCACUUCCCUUUUGGGGAGAUUUUCAAAGUUCAAAAGAAAAGACAAAAAUUCCUCCUCACGCUUGCUCAAAAGCUGCGUGUCUGCCUGCUGCCCUCUCUCACUCUGCGUCUGUGUGCGUGCGUGUCUGUGUUGACGGACUGCUCAAGUCAAAUGCUCAAGUCAACCUUCCUUUAUUUCACCAGUGGAUACUUUCAAGGGAAAAGAGGACGCAUUUCAACCCAAACUUCCUGAAGGAGAAAAAAAUCUUCAGCAAAUUCUUCAAAGUCACAAUUGUCGACUCUGCCAAUCAAGUCGCCACAAUCGGGGUGAUGUUGGUCUGAAGAGAUGAGACUGAGCUGCACGUCAACCACAGCGAGUACCACACCGCUAAGUGGAUACUUUCAAGGGAAAAGAGGACGCAUUUCAACCCAAACGUCCUGAAGGAGAAAAAAAAUCUUCAGCAAAUUCUUCAAAGUCACAAUUGUCGGCUCUGCCAAUCAAGUCGCCACAAUCGGGGUGAUGUUGGUCUGAAGAGAUGAGACUGAGCUGCACGUCAACCACAGCGAGUACCACACCGCUAAGUGGAUACUUUCAAGGGAAAAGAGGACGCAUUUCAACCAAAACUUCCUGAAGGAGAAAAAAAUAUUCAGCAAAUUCUUCAAAGUCACAAUUGUCGGCUCUGCCAAUCAAGUCGCCACAAUCGGGGUGAUGUUGGUCUGAAGAGAUGAGACUGAGCUGCACGUCAACCACAGCGAGUACCACACCGCUAAGAGUUACCAUGGUUGAGAAUCCAGCCUCACAGCGAUAGGUUGAAGGGGACUGGACCAAUAGGAUCAAGGCCUUCUUCGAAAGAACAGGACAGUCUUUCACUUUUAGCCUAGACGUGGCAAGCUCUUGUUCCAUGAAGCCACUCUUGAGCUGCACAUCUUCACAAAUUUGGUAAAAUUCAACCUUCGCAGUCACGUCAGUAUCGCUGAUGGCACCGUCUUCAAUGGACAAGGGUCGGAUAAUCCACACAUCACACAUCACGAGAGCGGUCGUCCAGUCUGGGGAAGUAACUUUCGAUGGAUUCACUAAUUGCCAGAAUGUGGAUUGAGAUCUCUUCGUGGAAGUGGCAUUCAGCAUCUGGCGUAGCAACCAGGAGAGCCGUCAUCUCAGGGAAGGUAGUUGUGUCACCGUCCUGGGCUCUUCUCUGAUAAAGAUAAAUCUUCCUCCUGAACGCUGCCACUUUGUCACGAGCAUUGGGAGGUUUCCUUGAAGUGACAGGUUCAAGGAAUUCACCUCGGCGAAGAAGUCAGCCAAGUAAGCAACCUUCAUCAAGAACAGUUCAUCCUGCAUCUUUUCAUGAAGCUGAUUCUCCUUCUCGGUACACCCUCUCUCCAAGAACAGCGCUAUUUCCUCUUGUGAAUCACACGAUUGAGAAAUUUACCAUGCAAAAGCCAGCGCACCUCUGUGUGAAAUAUCAGAACAGUGAAAUCGGUGCCCAUUUCUUCACACAUGACUUUGAAGAUUCUUGAAUUUGUUGCGCUCCCUCAGAUGUGGUUCACAAUCUUCACCACAUCUGAAAGCACUUCUUCCCGAGUGGUAGUGGCCAAUGGCUCUGAGAACAUGCACUCUUCCUUCAUGGCUUCUCCAUCGAGGUAACGAAUGUAGACUGGCAGUUGGGAACAUGAGGUAACAUCUGUUGACUCGUCCAGUUGCAGGGAAUACACUGGACUGCUCUUCACAGUGAACACUACUUGCAGCAGAAUAUUACUCAUAUCCCAGAUUCGACUUUUGACUGUCAUUCAAAAGAGAAAUCUGCCUGAACUUGUUUGACUGUUGUUCCCCCAGCACCAACAUUGCUGCUUCGUGAAGGCAUGGCUUGAUAAGCUCUUCACCGAUGCUGUGAGGUUUCUUAGUCUGUGCGAUUCGAUAAGCAAUCCGGUAUGAAGCCUCCACCGUUGCUUCAUUUUGAUGAGCGCAGUGAGCCGUCGAAUCGCUGCGGGAACCCUUGAGUACGGCUUCUUUUAGUUUGAAAUAGUCCACGCCCUUCCCCGCCAGGUCACUGUGACAAGACUCCAAAAUGGAUCUUCAGUUUGCUGGGCUUCAUGCACUCAUGGCUCAAAACCUUGGCACAGACAACACAUUGACCAUGGAUUUUUGAACAAUGCUUGUGAAGAUUUGGGAGGAACAACAGCAGCAACAGAUUAGCAAGAGAUACCACUGAUUGGCUCUAGCCCAAGUGUGAGGAGAGGGGUGAAACCAGUUGAAAACUGAGGAAUUGGCUGUGUAAAUUGGUAAAUCAGGCAAUUUAUCAGUCAAUUUAAGCAGGACAGCUCUUUGCGAGCGGCCUAGUGAGGGAAGUGCCCUGUGAGAAAAGUGUGAGUCUUUGGCUCGAGAGUCUUCGGAGAGGAGACCACGCAAUACGCUUGAGAGGGAGACGAAUUACGAAAGAAGGAGAUGUCAGGCAAGCUGAUUCAGUGCGAUGCUUGCAGUAUGUGGGAGGUCAAGGACACCGCUGGUGCCUCUGGCUGCUACAAAUGCGAAAAAUGCAUCCAGGUAGAGCUCCUGAAGGGCCGUGUUGGGGAACUGGAGAAGCAAGUGGAUGACCUCCGGUUCGUACGAGAAACGGAGUCGUUCCUCGACAAGUCCUACAGUACGAUUGUUACACCUAAGGUACUGGAAGAGAGAAGGUGGGAGACAGUGAGAAAGGGAGGGAAGCAUGGAAUGCCAACGUCCCCGGGUGAUGUACCUCUUGUAAACAGGUUCAUCCGCUUAGAAGGUGUUGGGACAGAAGACGUGAGCGGCGGACAGGCCUGUGAUGCGAAUAGGGCUGUUGAGCCAAAACCAAAAAGGCCUAAGGCAGGCAAGGCCAUUGUAGUGGGAGACUCCAUCGUGAGAGGUACGGACAGGGGUUUCUGCGGCAACAGACGGGAUGCGAGGAUGGUGUGCUGCCUUCCCGGUGCCAGGAUCCAGGAUGUCACGGACAGAGUGCAGAAAAUCCUCAAGGGCGAAGGUGAACAUCCGGAAGUGGUAGUGCAUGUCGGCACAAACGAUGUCGGAAAGAAGGGGAUGAAUAUUCUGCAACGUGACUUUAGAGAGCUCGGAAAAAUGUUGAAAAGCAGGACCUCCAGGGUUGUUAUCUCCGGUUUGCUUCCAGUUCCCCGUGCUGGCGAGAGCAGGAACAGGGAGAUACGGGACCUGAACGUGUGGCUGAGGAUCUGGUGCACGGGGCAGGGAUUUAGAUUCUUAGAUCACUGGGAUCUGUUUUGGGGUAAGGGGGACUGUACAAAAGGGACGGAUUGCAUCUUAACAGGUGUGGGACCAGCAUUCUGGCAGGCAGGUUUGCCACUGCUACACGGGUGGCUUUAAACUGAAUAAGGGGGGUGGGGUGUUGAAUGGGACAGUGGAGGAUGGAGUUAAAGGGAAAGGGUUUCUUAAAUGUGUGAGCGUAGAGACCGAAGGGUGUAAAAUGAGGGUAGAAGAAAUAGGUAGCAAGGUGAAAAGUAAAAGUGGCAGGCAGACAAAAACAGGGCAAAAAUCAAAAAGGGCCACUUUUCAACAUAAUUGUGUAAGGGGUAAGAGUGUUGUAAAAACAAG